GAUCAUUCAGGAGUUUGCUGAAAGUAUGUGAUUAUUUUUUUGCAACAGACUCGCAGAGUAUGCUAGUCCAAGCAUAACGUCGUCUUCAAUUUUUCUCAUGUCAUUGUAUUCGUUAAUUUCGGCUCUUGAGCUCCAAAAGGUACAUUGCUCUGACGCGCUCGAGGAUGAAUGGAGAAAGUAAGCAAAACGACCCCAGGUACUCAAGAAACUGGACUAGGCUACUCGUCGGUGGAUAACUUUACAUUUUAAUCCAUGUCGUGCUUAGUCUUUGUGCUUUUGUAACUGCACAUAACUCUCCUAAUUCUUAAACAUGUCUGAAGAAGAUACGGGUAUUCCUAAGGAGUUGCUGGAGAGUCUGAGAGAUGCCGUGGGAAGGAAGAUCAAGCUCACCCUGAAGAAGAGGUUGAAACUGGAGGUCAAGGGUGACAAACUGGAGAACCGAGUUCUGGCUUUGGCAUCCCAUCGGGUCUUUCUGCUUACUGCAAGGGUCCCUGCCAAGAUUGAACAGACCUUCAAUUACCUAGAUAUACAGGGGAUCAUUAGUAACCAGCCCACUCAGUUGUUGUUGGAGUAUGACCGAGGCCAGCUGUCCCUGAAGCUUGGCUCUGUGGAGGAUGUGGAUGAGGUGGUGGCCCACAUUGGGAGCUGUCUACACAGAAUCUGUCCAGGCCUCUCCCCAGCGAAGGCGAUGAAGAAGUUGACCCUGAAGCCUCCUGAGAGGACGGCCGCCCUACAGUCUCUCUGGGAGGACCAGGCCACCACAGACCUAGGGCCAUGUGGUGGUUUCUCCCACAUGUACUGGUGUCUCUGUGACCAGCUGGGUCUGCCAUUCAGAGAGGAGGUGCAGUGGGAUGUGGACACAAUCUAUCAGACCCAGGACACCAGGGAACUGAACCUGCAGGAUUUCGUACAUCUUGAUAACCGAGAUUUGGUGGCCAUCAUUGUGGUCCUGGAGUAUAACCAAUGGUUCACCAAGCUCUCCACAAAGGACUACAAACUGUCCACAGAUGUGUGUGAACAAAUUCUGCGAGUUGUGUCCCGCUCCAGUCGCUUAGAGGAGCUGGUUUUAGAGAAUGCAGGUCUCAGAAGUGAUUUCGUGCAGAAGCUAGCCAACGCUCUGACCUGCAACCCUGCCUCUGUACUUCACACCCUCAACCUUACAAACAACUCCCUGGAGGACAAGGGCAUAUCUGCUCUCAGUGCACAGCUUGCCAAACUCCCAACGGGUCUCAAGCAUUUGAACCUUUCAAAGACCUCCAUAUCGCAAAAAGGGGUUAACAGUCUGGCUCAGGCGCUGAGUGCCAACCCUGCUGUCCCCACUACCCUCACACACCUGGACCUCUGUGGGAACUCACUCCGAGGAGACGACCUCUCAAAUCUGUACAAUUUCCUGGGUCAACAUAACAGUCUAGUAACUCUGGAUCUGUCCAGCAGUGACUGCUGUCUGGACCAAGUCUGCACUUCACUUCUACGAGGUUCUCUCAAGCACCUCUCAGUGCUCAACAUGUCGAAGAGUGUUUUCUCUCACAGGAGAAGUAAAGAUGUCCCGCAUUCCUUCAAGCAGUUCUUUGGCACUGCACUGGCGCUGAGCAGUGUCAACCUGUCUGGAACCAAGCUCCCCCUGGAGGCACUCAAAGCACUUUUACUAGGUCUUGGUUGCAAUCCUAAUCUCAGUGAAGUAUCACUGGAUCUCAGCAGCUCUGAGCUAAGAUCUGGAGGCUCUCAGAUUCUGGAGGGCUGCAUAGCUGAGAUUCCCAACAUCUCCAGCCUGGACAUCUCAGACAACGGUUUGGAUUCAGACCUGACCACUCUCUUGGUGUGGCUGGCCAAAAAUCGCUCCAUCCGCCACCUCUCACUGGGCAAGAACUUCAAUAACAUCAAAUCAAAAAAUUUGUCUCAUGUCUUGGACAACCUGGUGCACAUGAUACAGGAGGAGGAAUCGCCCCUGACGUCCCUCUCCCUGGCCGACUCCAAGCUGAAGGGAGAUCUGUCCAUCGUGCUGAACGCUCUGGGCAGCAACACCAGCCUGAUCCGGGUGGACAUCAGUGGCAACGGCAUGGGAGACAUGGGGGCCAAGAUGCUGGCCAAGGCCCUACAGAUCAACACCAAGCUCCGGACAGUUAUGUGGGACAAAAACAAUGUCAGCCUACAAGGCCUCCAGGAUGUGGCAGCUGCUUUAGAAAAGAACCACACCAUUCGCUUCAUGCCUAUCCCCAUCAUCGAUGCUGCCCAGGCCCUCAAGGCCAGCCCUGAGAAAACCGAGGACGCCCUACUAAAGAUGGAGCAGUAUCUCCUAAGGAACCACGAGACUCGAAAAUACCUCCAAGAGCAAGCUUACCGGCUUCAGCAAGGCAUUGUCACGACAACCACACAACAGAUGAUGGACAUGAUCUGUGUAAAGGUGCAGGACCACCUGAACUCCCUGAGGUAUACAGAGACUGACGUCGUCCAGGAGGACAUGAAGGUGGCCAAGAACCUCAUGAAGGACGCCAGGAACUCCAAAAGACUGCUGCCCAACCUGUAUCACAUGAGGGGAUCUCCUGGUGGCAUGGGCAGCCCCAUUCAGGACAAGCUAGAGUCCAUGGCCGGAGAGAUAGCCAGGGUCAUGGAUGGACAGCUAAAGACGUUGUUGCAGUCUAUGGUUGACACUGCUGAGGGCCUCUGUCCCCAUGUGAUGAAGAGGAGCAGCCUGCACCAGGAGCUGAUGAAGGCAGGUGCAGGAAGGAUGACCAUCCCCCAUAGCUUCAUCACCACCACACUACUGGAACAGUCAGGAGUCGACAUCAUCAACAAGAUCAGUGAAGUGAAGCUCAGUAUGGCUUCCUUCCUCUCAGACCGUAUCGUGGAUGAGAUCUUGGAAUCUCUGUCCCGUUCCCAAAACACUCUGGCAGAACACCUGACCAGGAAACCUCAACCUCUUCUCCACCAGGAGCCCAACAAGAUGGAGGUGCUGGAGGAGACAGUCCUCCAACCUGAGGCCCAGACCCAGGAGCAGAGUCCUCACCAUCCUGAGAGGCUGGAGGAGAUGGACACAUGUGUGUCCAAAAGGAAGAGCAUUCUCUGCAGGAUGCUGCGGCCUGUAUCUGUGGCCUUUGAAAUGGAGUUUGACUUGGACAAGGCCCUGGAAGAAGUGCCUAUAUAUGAGGAGGAUCCGCCCCCUCCUGCCCCAUCGGACAAGAAGCCGACUUACUUUGGCGAGCUGCCCACUAUGGAGGCCCGAAAGCUAGAGCACCACACCAAGCUCCGCCCCAAACCGAAAAAGAGGACCAAACCUAGCCGAGAACCACGGGAACCAAUCUGCACCUCUCCACCACCAGAAGUGGAGCAGAAUGACCUCCUGGGGAAAGUGGAUGAGGGUGUUGAUGAAUUCUUCUACAAGAAAAUCACCAAACUUAGUUUUAAACGACCCACCCUGAGGGGCUCCUCCAACAUCCAGGAGGGGUCGGAGAAGAAACGGGAAUCCCGUAAAAGCGGCUUCCUUAACCUCAUCAAGUCUCGCACCUCGAAGUCUGAGAAGAGCCAUGGAACAGCUGCCAUCACCACCCCAGCUGCUGCGACUGUCAGCACUGUGACAGAGGAGCCCUUGUCCCCCAAGGCUCCGUUGUGGGACCACUCUGAAAUCUCCCCUGACCACUCACGAAAGCCACCAACACCUGAACCCACUGAGGAACAGCACUCCGAGAGUGACAGUAAGGGUAGUCCUCAUGGUGGCCGGCACUUUGGAGUCCCCGUAAUGGGCCCCCUAAUGGGAUUGGACCUCCUGGCGGAGAUGAGAAAAAUGCAUGAGAAAAUAGUCUCUCAUAAGUCGGACUCUUCAGACAAGGCAGAUGAUAAAAAAGGAAAGCCAAAGGGUCAAACAUCGUCGAUAGUGCCCAGGUCUAAACCCACCGGUGUUACACCCAGAUCCCCAGCACCCCAGAGCAUCAAGCCCCACAUGGGACCACACACUUUGGGACCCCUGAGCCCUCGUGCCAGCAGCAGCCACAACCCAGAUGGCACCCCUGACUCCUGUCUUGGAAACGUAUCCCCAAAAGGACCACUGCCCGCCCCUCGCCUGAAGAGAGAGCCCUCAGACUAUGAGAGGGAGGAGGAGAGUAGCCACAUUAAUGUUGAACUCACAGGAGACCCCAGACCAUUUGACUUGGACCAAGAGAUGGACAGGUCUGCAAUUGGUGGGAGACAGUGGUCCUCCCUGAAGCGCUCCAGUUCUGUGGUACAGGAAGUAGAAGGUCGAGAACGCACCAAGUCCCUCCCUGCAUCUGUGAGACCUUCAUCCACGGUGGACCUUGUCCACUGCCAAAGCCCUGGGGUGUUUGCUAAAGACAACACCGAAGAGGACUUCUCUCCUACCCCUGACACGGACCAAAGACAGAAUCUCAGGCCUGGCAACAUGGAGGACACCAUGACGACAUCCCAGUGUAGAAAGAAAAGCUACAUCUAGAUUCUCUCUACUUUCUCCAAAGUGUUCCAUGUAGUGUCCAAGUGUGGAGAAUUGUAAUGCAGCCAAAGAGGAAAGAACCCCAAAAAAAGCUUAUGGACUAAUCCAUGCCAGUACCUUACUCUGAAUUCUCUUACUUUAAACAAAGACUGUUGAUUGGCUUAUUCAAUCAACCAAUAAGCACUGCUGUGUUUCUAUGUCUACUUUGCAUGUUAUGUAUUUAUGUAAUAACACACUGAAAGAGACAUGCAUGUGUUGAAAACUACACUACAUGACCAAAAGUAUGUGGACACCUGCUCAAUGUAACAUCUCAUUCCAAAAUCAUGGGCAUUAAUAUGGAGUUAGUCCUCCCUUUGCUGCUAUAACAGCCUCCACUGUUCUGGGAAGGCUUUCCACUAGAUGUUGGAACAUUGCUGUGGGGACUUGCUUCCAUUCAGCCAUGAAAGCAUUAGUGAGGUCGGGCACUGAUGUUGGGCGAUUAGGCCUGGCUCGCAGUCAGCGUUCCAAUUCAUCCCAAAGGUGUUCGAUAGUCAAGUUCUUCCACACCGAUCUCGACAAACUAUUUCUGUCUGGACCUUGCUUUGCACACGGGGGCAUUGUCAUGCUGAAACAGGAAAGGGCCUUCCCCCAAAGUGUUGCCACAAGGUUGAAAGCACACAAUAAUUUAGGAUGUCAUUGUAUGCUGUAGCAUUAAGAUUUCCCUCCACUGGAACUAAGGGGCCUAGCCUGAACCAUGAAAAACAGCCCAAGUCCAUUAUUCCUGCUCCUCCAAAUUCUACAGUUAGCACUAUGCAUUGGGGCAGGAAGCGUUCUGGCAUCCGCCAAUCCCAGAUUUAUCCAUCGGACUGACAGAUAGUGAAGCGUGAUUCAUCACUACAGAGAAUGCGUUUCCACUGCUCCAGAGUCCAAUGGCAGCAAGAUUUACACCACUCCAGCCGACACUUGCCAUUGCUCAUGGUGAUCUUAGGCUUGUGUGCGGAAGCUCGGCCAUGGAAACCCAUUUCAUGAAGCUCCCAACGAACAGUUAUUGUGCUGAUGUUACUUGCAGAGGCAGUUUGGAACUCAGUAGUGACUGAUGCAACUGAGGACAGGCUAUUUUUACGUGCUUAGGCAGUCUGGUUGUGUGGCCUACCACUUUGCGACUGAGCCGUUGUUUCACCUAGACGUUUCCACUUCACAAUAACAGCACUUACAGUUGCCCGGGGCAGCUCCAGCAGGACAGAAAUUUGACGAACUGACUUGUUGGAAAGGUGGAAUCCUAUGACGGUGCUACGUUGAAAGACACUGAGCUCUUCAGUUGGGCCAUUCUACUGCCAAUGUUUUUCCUAUGGAGAUUGCAUGGCGGUGUGCUCGAUUUUAUACAACUGUCAGCAACGGUGUGACUGAAAUAACCAAAACCACUCAUUUAAAGGGAACUCCACAUACGUAUAUGUAUGUACAGUACCAGUCACACCUACUCAUUGGACACACCUACUCAUUCCAGGGUUUUUCUUUAUUUGUACUAUUUUCUACAUUGUAGAAUAAUAGUAAAGACAUCAAAACUAUGAAAUGACACCUAUGGAAUCAUGUGUUAAACAAAUCAAAAUAUAUUUAAUAUAUUAGAUUCUUCAAAGUAGCUGCCCUUUGCCGUGAUGACAGCUUUGCACACUCUUGGCAUUCCCCUAACCAGCUUCACCUGGAAUGCUUUUCCAACCGUCUUGAAGGAGCUCCCACAUAUGCUGAGAACUUGUUGACUGCUUUUCCUUCACUCUGAGGUCCAACUCAUCCCAAAUAAUCUCAAUUGGGUUGAGGUUGGGUGAUUUUUGGAGGCCAGGUCAGCUGAUGCAGCACUCCAUCACUCUUGUUCUUGGUAAAAUAGCACUUACACAGCCUGGAGGUCUGUUGGGUCAUUGUCCUGUUGGAAAACAAAUGAAAGUCCCACAGCGCAAACCAAAUGAGAUGGUGUAUCGCUACAGAAUUCUGUGGUAGCCAUGCUGGUUAAGUGUGCCUUGAAUUCUAGAAAAAUCACGACAGUGUUACCAGCAAGGCACCAUCACACCACCUCCUUGCUUCAUGAUGGGAACCACACAUGUGGAGAUCAUCCGUUCACCUACUCUGCGUCUCACAAAGACACAGCAGUUGGAACCAAAAAUCAACAUUUUUGGACUCAUCAGAUGAAAGGACAGAUUUCCACUGGUCUAAUGUCCAUUGUUCAUGUUUCUUGGCUCAAGCAAGUUUAUUUUUCGUAUUGGUGUCCUUUAGUAGGGGUUUCUUUGCAGCAAUUCGACCAUGAAGGCCUGAUUCACGCAGUCUCCUCUGAACAGUUAAUGUUGAUGUGUCUUGCUUGAAUUCUGUGAAUAAUUUAUUUUGGCUGCAAUUUCGGAGGAUGGUAACUCUAAUGAACUUAUCCUCUGCAGCAGAGGUAACUCUGGGUCUUCCUUUCCUGUGGCAGUCCUCAUGAGAGCCAGUUUCAUCAUAGCGCUUGAUGAUUUUUGCGACUGCACUUGGAAACUUUUUAAAGUUCUUGAAAUCCAGAUUGACUGCCCUUGUCUUAAAGUAAUGAUGGGCUGCCAUUUCAAUUUGCUUAUUUGAACUGUUCUUGCCAUAAUAUGGACUUGGUCUUUUACCAAAUAGGGCUAUCUUCUGUAUACCUUGUCACAACACAACUGAUUGGCUCAAAUGCAUUAAGAAGGAAAUUCCACAAACAACCUUUUAACAAGGCACACCUGUUAAUUGGAAAUGCAUUCCAUUUGACUACCUCGUGAAUCUGGUUGAGAGAAUGCCAAGUGUGUGCAAAGCUGUCAAGGUAAAAGGUGGUUACUUUGAAGAAUCUCAAAUAUAAAAUAUAUUUUGAUUUGUUUAACACUUUUUGGUUACCACAUGAUUCCAUAUGUGUUAUUUCAUAGUUUUGAUGUCUUCAUUAUUAUUACAAUGUAGAAAAUAGUAAAAAAUAUAGAAAACCCCUUGAAUGAGUAGGUGUGUCCAGAAUUUUGACUGGGGGUGGUUACAUUGUGCCACGGGCACAUUGAUCUAGUAAACCUUUAUUAAUGACAGGCAUAAUAUAACUUUGAUUUAUCGUGAUUUAUAUGAAAUACAUUUAUUGUGGGACUUGGUGAUGGUUUCCAGUUUAAUUGGUUAAAUUGAUUUGUGCUAAAUACAUAAAAAAAACAAUGCUUUGUAACAAAAACCUUUUAAUGUGGUUGCCAAUACUCCUGCAUAUUUGUACCAAUAAAUCAUAUGUAUACUGCCA